AUGGACGGGGACGAGGACGUGGUCAUGAGCGAAGCUCGCGCACCGGCACAGGAACAGACCUCGGGCCCAGCUCCCCCAUCAACUUCCACCAUCCCCAUCGGCGGCGGUCGUCCAUCCCCUCCAUCUGCAGAAGAGGCAUCCCUCACUCCGGAAGCACAAGCACCCAAUGGGUCCAAGGAGUCUCAUACCCAGUCCCUACUAGCAACCUUCCAUCAAAAAGUUCACAGUCCCGGGAAACUAGUGAAGGAAAUCGAGGACCAUCAGGCAGGCAUCUCAACUCCAAACAACGAUCCUACGACUGGCACUCCCCGGCCAACCACAGCAGCGGGAGAUCACGUCAAGCCUGAACCAGAUAGUGUUGUCGCGGAUGAAGAAGCAGAGGACUCAGACUGGUCUGCCGAUCACCAUGAAGGGCGCAGCAGGGCGUUGCACCGUGCCCAGCUUCCAACCGGGUAUUGCUAUGACAAUCGCAUGCGGUAUCAUUGUGAAGUGAAGCCUACGUUGGACGUGCAUCCAGAAGAUCCACGGCGCGUGUAUUAUAUCUAUCGUGAGUUGGGCAGAGCAGGGUUAAUUGCUGAUGGAGGAGAGUUUCAGGGACCGCUUGUGCCUCAGCCGCUGAAGAGGAUUGAGGCAAGAGAUGCAACCGAGGCAGAGAUCACGUUGGUGCAUACCAAGGAACAUUAUGAGUUUGUGAAGAGCACAAAAGAUAUGUCGGAGGACGAGCUCCUUGAGCUCGAACAUACCAGGGACUCGAUCUACUUUAAUUCGUUGACAUUCACGUCUGCGCUGCUCUCAUGUGGCGGUGCGAUCGAGACAUGCAAGGCCGUGGCGGAGGAGAAAGUGAAGAACGCAAUUGCGGUGAUUCGGCCGCCCGGCCAUCAUGCCGAGAGUAACAAGACAAUGGGCUUUUGUCUGUUCAACAAUGUCUCGGUGGCUGCGAGGGCAUGCCAACAUGUCCUCGGAGAUAAAUGUCGCAAGAUUCUGAUACUUGACUGGGACGUCCAUCACGGCAACGGUGUGCAGAGGAUGUUCUACAAUGAUCCGAACGUGCUGUACAUCUCGAUCCACGUCUACCGGGACGGCAGCUUUUACCCCGGCGGCGACGAAGGCAACUGGGACUACUGCGGCGAAGGACUCGGUCUGGGGAAGAACGUCAACAUCCCCUGGCCGACCCAAGGUAUGGGAGACGGAGACUACCUCUACGCCUUCCAAGAGGUGGUCAUGCCGAUUGGCUACGAGUUCGACCCCGAUCUGGUCAUCAUAUCGGCCGGCUUUGACGCAGCAGCCGGGGACGAGCUUGGAGGGUGUUUCGUGACUCCCCCCUGCUACUCACACAUGACUCGCAUGCUGAUGAACCUUGCGAACGGGAAGGUAGCGGUGUGUCUAGAGGGGGGCUAUAAUUUCCGAUCGAUCUCCAAGUCGGCGUUGGCCGUUACUAGGACGCUGAUGGGGGAGCCGCCAGACCGGCUGAUAGCGCCGUCUGCGUCGCGCCCGGCCGUUGAGACUGUGCGGGAGGUGGCGAUGAUGCACUCGCGGUAUUGGAAGUGCAUGUAUCCGAAGGGCCCGUCGUCGAAUUUUGCGGGGAACCGUGUGCAUGAUAUCAUCCGGCAGUACCAGGCCAAACAGCUGUAUGAGGAUCACAAGCUGACAAGCCUUUACAUCUACCGAGACACCAUUUCCAAGUCGUUUGAGAACCAGGUACUGGCCAGCAAUAACUAUGACAAGGUGGACACUCUGCUUGUUAUCUUCCACGACCCGCCCGAGCUGAUGGGCAUCCCACACCCAGUGACCAACGUGCUUGAAGCCCACAACACCUGGUUGGCUGAUAAUGUCAAGGAUUACAUCUCCUGGGCGGUUGAGCAUAACGUGGGUGUUAUCGACGUCAACGUCCCGAAGCACAUCUCAGAAGCCGACCAACACUCACGGAGCAGCUAUGAGCGGGAAAGCCCGAACCGGGCCCUCUUCUCGGAGCAGCUUGCGGAGUACCUGUGGGAGAACUACAUCGAGACCAACGAGACCAGCCGCAUCUUCUUUAUGGGCGUCGGCGAUGCCUUUCUCGGCCUCGCCAACCUGCUCAUCAACAAGGAGAGAGUCCACACCAUGGUCAGUGGCGUGAUAUGCUUUGUGGCCGAAAACCCCGUCCGCGCCGUCGCCAGCACGACCAUCACCUGGCUCUCCAAAUGGUACAAAGAGAACUCCAUCGUGUUUGUGUCGCACCGGCACAUGGUGUGGGAAGGCCAGGAGAACAAGCAGAAGCAGUACAAGCGGUAUGGCCGACUGGUAAAGUCUACGGCGGCGCACACGCUCAACGAGAUGCUGGUCAACCACCGCGAGGACGUGUUUAAGUGGAUCGAAGAGCGAGUCGAGGCCGGGUCAGAGAGCAGUUCAUAG